AUGGCACUGAAAGCAUUAAAAGAUGUGAAAUAUGUUUCAAUGCUUCGAGAUCAUAAUAUUCCAAAAGAUGUUGAUCAGAUAACUGACGAUCGGCAACAAGCAUUAUGGAUAGUUAUGAAUUCUGCGGGACAAAAUACGUUGUCGGACACAAUGAGAAAGGAUUCUUUUCCUAAGGACGGAAUUAACAUUCGACCAGCUGUUGCUUUUAUUAUUCAGCUGUUGUCCAUUGUCCGAGACAUCCACAGUCGAAAUGUUGUUCAUCGAGACAUAAAGCCAAGCAACAUCAUGAUUAGUUCGGACGAACGUAAGCAACCUACAUUAAUUGAUUUCGGGUUGGCCCAUAUACACACAGACGAUAGUGUCUUGAGAAAGGCCGAGAAUUUAUCGAAAGAAGAAUCUGAGGAAAUUGAUAAGAUUGGGGAUGACAUUGAUUUCGUUGAAAUUUCAAAGAUUCAAACGCAGCUGGGAGAACGCAUGGGAAAUACAUAUUACCAAGUUCCGCAACUGAUAAGUGCGCCGGCAAACGUACAAGAUUUCCAAACUUUGAUACUUUUACGUCGUAGUCCAAACAUCGAUACAACAUCCGUGGCUGCUAUUUUAUUUGGAUUGUUAACAAAUAUGUGUCCACAACAAAGUCGAAAUGACAAUGAUAAAGCACCACAUCAGAUUAGUGACGCACGAGAGAGAAUUAAUAAGAAGGUUCAAGCGACAGACAGAUCUGAUCGAGAUAAGAAACGAAUGAGAAACUAUCUUCUUCAUACGUUCGAUAAAGCUUUUGCUAAUCUGCCAAUGGAACAAUGGACGGACGAACUUUUACAUCUGCGACUGCAGCAAAUUGACGGUUUAAUUAAAUUAGAGAGUCUACCCGACCAUAAUCCACCAAAAAUUAAGCCAACGUCGCUAUUCGACAAGCAAACUAAAGCAGAUGAUCCAUUUUUGAAAACUGCUUUAGCUUUUGCAUAUUGCAAGAGAUUAUUUUCGUCAACAUAUCCAAUAUAUCACAGGAGUCACAACGGUUGCGAGUGGGAUAACCAUGAUAGCCCUAUUAAACGAACAAGUACAGACGAAAUUACAUGCACGAAAUUUGCUGGACCAUAUAAAAUCAUAUUUCUUGCUGAUAUUUUCGGCGAGGAACUGGUUCUAACACUUGUUUGUGAAAACAUGCAUGCAUCUCUGGAACGAUACGAUCGUAAAAUACGAGCUUUCGAUAGUCACGAAUUCUAUGAAUCGUUUGAAACAGAACUGUUGACACUUAUCGAACACAGAAAUAAAACGAUUGAUCAACGAAUGAUGGCUCUGAAUGCAAAAGAACGAGAAAACAAUAAAAAUAAUGUUUAA